AUGCUGGGUGCCAGGGGGCUGCCUAGCCGCACCGAGGCUCUGCCGGGCAGGGCCCAGAGGCUGACAGUUGCAGCUACCCAUGCCGUCAGUGGGAACCCCACGGUCCCACCGUUCCCAGCGGAGAUGCAGGCAGCAAUCUUCGGUAUGGGCUGUUUCUGGGGAGUGGAGCGACUCUUCUGGGAGCUGCCAGGGGUCUUCUCCACCCAGGUGGGCUAUGCAGGAGGCUUCACCCCCAACCCCACCUACGAAGAAGUGCGCACAGGGCUGACAGGGCAUGCUGAGGUGGUGAGGGUCAUCUUCGACCCCCAGAAGAUCAGCUAUGAGAAGCUGCUCAAGGUCUUCUGGGAGAACCAUGACCCCACACAAGGCAUGCAGCAGCAGGAGGACAUUGGCACCCAGUACCGCUCCGUCAUCUACACGCUGGGGCCCCAGCAGCAGGCAGCUGCCCUCCGCAGCAGGGACACCUACCAGCAGGAGCUAAGGGAGCAGCAGCGUGGGGACAUCACCACCGUCAUCGAGCCAGCUGCUGACUUCUACUAUGCUGAGGACUACCAUCAGCAGUACCUGCACAAGGUGCCUGGGGGCUACUGUGCCCUCAAGGGGACCGGUGUCACCUGCCCCCUUGCCCCCUGA